CAUUCAUUUAUAUUUUGAUGCGUUUUACAAUCCUUUAGACCAGUUUAACCAGUCCCCAUAGAAAGUACAACAAGUCCUUGUAGACCAGUUUAACCAGUCCCCAUAGACCAAUCUAACCAGUCCCCACAGACCAUUAUAACCAAUCCUCAUGUAGACCAUUAUAACCAGGACUCAGACCAGUAUACCUUAAGACUGGUGUAGCCAACAGUGGUGUGUGCGUUGCUGUGUCUCACCUUUUCGUGUGUGUGUGUGUGUGAGAGAAACCUGACUUGCUCAAUCAAUAAAUGAUGGCCAGUCUCAUCGGUUGGUGGCUUAGCCACGCCCUCUUUUGUUCCGCACACACACACACACACACGGGUCACAGACGCACACACACUGCCUGUGUGCUCCGAUCAACUUGUUUGCUGGUCACCUUGUUGUCUUACCUCCUCGUCCCCUAGGGUUCUUGCCUCCUAGUCUCGUCGUCUGCUGCUCUCCGCUCCACGAUGAAUCCAGAGUAUGACUACCUGUUCAAGCUUCUGUUGAUCGGUGAUUCUGGAGUCGGCAAGUCAUGUCUGCUGCUUCGCUUUGCGGACAACACCUACACAGAGACCUACAUCUCCACCAUCGGAGUGGACUUCAAGAUCCGGACGAUCGACAUGGACGGCAAGACGGUGAAACUCCAGAUCUGGGACACGGCAGGGCAGGAGAGGUUUCGAACCAUCACCUCCAGCUACUACAGAGGAGCACACGGCAUCAUCGUUGUCUAUGAUGUCACCGAGCAGGAGUCCUACAAUAACAUCUCCCAGUGGCUGCAGGAGAUCGAACGAUACGCCUGCCAGAACGUCUCCAGGCUGUUGCUAGGCAACAAGUGCGACCUGGUCGCUAAGAAAGUGGUCGCCUCCUCCACUGCCCAGGAGUUGGCCUCCUCUCUCCACAUCCCCUUCAUUGAGACCAGUGCUCGGAGCUCUGAUAACGUGGAGCGAGCCUUCCUCACCAUGGCGUCGGAGAUCCACCGCCGGCUGGCCAGCGACGGCGGGAUGCAGGCCGAGGCCGCCAGAGCCCGCGGGGCCCAGAUCAACAGCGCCCCCCUGUGGCCUGCCGGCGAACCGCAGCCCCGACCGGAGGAUGCUGGAAGCUGCUGCUAGGCGCUGUCUUUUGAGCCAAGGAACCGGGGUUUCCGAGUCCUACCCCCGGGCAGGCCUGCUUUGAGCUGGUACCUUUUGCUCGUAGCACGCAAAUUUUGUGUGGUGGAAAUAUAAUAUUAGGUUCGAUUAAAACUGUUGCCAGUUAUGUUCUUGUGGAUAAAUGAGGUAAUAAAUGUAAGAUAUUUAUUUAGUAAAUGUAUUUUUCUAAUUAUAUUUCUAAAAGACA